UGUCACUUAUUCCUAAGAUUGAUGGAAGUCUCUACAAUCUCAAGCAAGAGGUUUCUACUCAAGAUGUCAAGCACCGGAAGACGUUAAUCGAGCUGGAAAAAGGUGUAGAUGAAUUGUUCGACAGCUUUUCCAGACUGGAUUCACGUAUUUCAAGUGUUGGGCAGACUGCUGCAAAAAUAGGAGAUCAUUUGCAGAGUGCAGAUGCUCAGCGUGAAACUACUAGUCUAACCAUGGAGCUUGUAAAGGAACAUUUGCUGAGGAGGAUAUUGCCAGAGAUGUGCCAUCAGUUGUUGGAAGUGUAACUGCCAGUAGAGGAUUGGAAGUUGCAGUUGCUAAUCUUCAGGAGUACUGCAAUGAAUUGGAGAACAGGUUAUUGGCUCAGUUUGAUGCUGCAUCACAGAGAAGGGAGUUGUUUACCAUGUCUGAAUGCUCAAAGAUUUAUCUCAGCUUAACAGGGGCAGCAGUGCCAUGCUACACUAUGUGGCAACCCGUCCAAUGUUCAUUGAUGUGGAAGUCAUGAAUUCUGACACCCGACUAGUACUUGGUGAGCAGGGUUCUCAAGCUAGUCCUAGCAAUGUUGCUCGCGGGCUUUCUUCAUUAUACAAAGAAAUUACAGAUACUGUGCGCAAAGAAGCAGCAACAAUUAUGGAUGUGUUCCUGUCUCCUAAUGAUGUUAUGUCAAUUUUAGUUCAGCGCGUUUUGGAGCAGAGGAUUACCAUUCUUUUAGACAAAUUAUUAGUGAAGCCAUCUCUUGUGAAUCCUCCUCCCAUGAAGGAAGGUGGACUUUUAUUGUAUUUGAGGAUGCUAGCUGUGGCAUAUGAGAAGACCCAGGAACUUGUUAGAGAGCUACGAGCUGUUGGAUGUGGUGAUUUGGAUGUUGAAGGUCUCAUGGAGUCUCUCUUUUCUUCUCACAAGGAUGAAUAUCCUGAACAUGAACAAGCAUCUCUUGGACAACUGUAUCAAGCAAAGUUGGAAGAAUUGCGUGCUGAAAACCAGAAUGUUUCUAAUUCAACUGGAACAGUAAGGCGCUCUAAAGGGGCUUCAGUGUCUUCUUCACAUCAGCAGAUAUCUGUUGCAGUUGUGACAGAGUUUGUACGGUGGAAUGAAGAAUCGUUAACCAGAUGCACUUUAUUUUCGUCUCAGCCCACCAUUGUUGCAGCCAAUGUAAAAGCUGUGUUCACUUGCCUACUUGACCAAGUCAGCCAAUAUAUAACUGAUGGACUUGAACGGGCUAGAGGUAGCUUGAUUGAGGCUGCAGCCAUGAGAGAAAGGUUUGUGCUAGGUACAAACCUUAGUAGAAGGGUGGCAGCUGCAGCUGCUUCUGUGGCAGAAGCUGCUGCAGCUGCUGGUGAAAGCAGUUUCAGAUCUUUCAUGAUUUCUGUACAGCGUUGUGGCAGUAGCGUGGCCAUAGUUCAGCAAUACUUUGCAAAUUCUAUAUCUCGGCUGUUAUUGCCUGUUGAUGGUUCUCAUGCGGCUUCUUGUGAAGAAAUGGCCACAGCAAUGUCUAGUGCAGAGGGUGCUGCUCAUAAAGGGCUUCAGCAAUGCAUUGAAACCGUAAUGGCUGAGGUUGAACGACUAUUAUCAGCUGAACAAAAGGCAACGGAUUACCACUCACCUGAUGACGGGAUGGCUCCUGAUCAUCGUCCUACAAAUGCCUGCACAAGGUUUGUCCUUCUAGUCAACUUUUGUGGGUCAUUCUCUAUGAAUAUGAAGCUAAUUGAUUCAGAAAACAUAAAUCAUCAAAGUUCAUUGCCUAUAAUGCUUGGGAAAUCGCUUGUACAAAGGACUACUUAA